AUGUAUUCCGGCGGUGCGACCGGCACUCACACACCUCGAUCUUCCCAGAACCUCCGCCCUCUCAUCCUCACCCAUGGCUCUCUCGAGUACUCCUUCCUGAUACCCACCGGCCUUCAUUUCCAGGCAUCACAGCUGAAAGAUGCUUUCAAUGCCUCACUCCCCGAACCUACAGAUGAGCUGGCUCAGGAUGACGAGCCUUCAUCAAGUGCCGAGCUGGUCGCUCGCUACAUUGGCUUCAUUGCCGCUGAAGUCGAUGAUGACGAGGAGGCCGCUGGCUUUGUUGAAGUGCUCAAGGUAGCCCUGAACGAAUUUGAGAGAGCUUUCAUGCAUGCGAACGAUGUACAUGCUCUGGCCGCAACGCUACCCGGGAUCACAGCAAAGAAAAACCUGCUCGUCCAAUGCUACUAUGCAGGCCGGGCGGCAGUCGCGCGACCCAUUAAACCCCACGAUUCAGCUCUACUCAGAGCCGCUGAUGACGAGGAAGCCAGUAUCUUCACUGUUUUUGGUGGCCAGGGCAACAUUGAAGAGUAUUUUGAGGAGCUGCGAGAGGUCUACACCACAUACCCGUCUUUCACCAGAGAUUUGAUUGAGUCCUCGGCCGAGUUGCUGCAGACUUUGGCCAGAAGUCCGAAAGCAGACAAAUUCUACACCAAAGGCCUGGACAUCCUUAGUUGGCUCGCCGACAAGGAAACCCAGCCCGAUACCGAUUACUUGGUUUCUGCACCUGUCAGCUUGCCACUGAUCGGACUGGUUCAGCUUGCACAUUAUCAAGUGACCUGCAAAGUCCUCGGUAAGACGCCCGGCGAGGUCAAUGAGCGCUUCAACGGCACGACAGGCCACUCUCAGGGUGUGGUUACCGCUGCCACCAUUGCCACAGCGACCUCAUGGGAGAGCUUCGCAAAGGCCGCCAGAGAUGCCAUUACCAUGCUCUUCUGGAUUGGGAUGCGGAGUCAGCAGGCCUAUCCUCGUACGAGCAUUGCUCCGUCAAUCCUCCAAGACUCGCUUGAGGCUGGGGAAGGCAUUCCCACACCCAUGCUUUCGGUGCGCGACCUGUCAAAGAAGCAGCUUCAAGAGCACAUCGAUGCCACCAAUGAACAUCUGCCCAAGGACCGACAUAUCGCCAUUUCUUUGGUAAACAGUGCCCGGAACUUCGUUGUGACUGGUGCUCCGAUCUCUCUGCACGGUCUUAAUCUCCGACUACGAAAAGUCAAGGCUCCUACCGGUUUAGACCAGAACCGUAUUCCCUUCACGGAACGUAAAGUGCGCUUUGUCAAUCGGUUCCUGCCAAUCACUGCUCCUUUCCACAGCCCUCUUUUGAGCGAAGCAUACAAGCAGAUCCUCGAAGAUCUGGGCGACGUCAGGAUCCCUGCUUCGCGUCUGAACAUUCCAGUGUACGACACAAACACCGGCGAGGACCUCCGCGCACAGCACGACAAGGAUGUGGUCCCAGACCUCGUGCGGAUGAUCACGCAGGAUCCUGUUCACUGGGAACAAGCUACAGUUUUCGAAGGCGCCUCGCACAUUAUCGACUUUGGCCCGGGUGGAAUUUCGGGUCUGGGAGUCCUCACCAACCGCAACAAAGAUGGUACUGGUGUUCGCGUGAUUUUGGCCGGUGCCAUGGAUGGGACGAAUACUGAAGUCGGAUACAAGCCCGAGCUCUUCGACCGCGAUGAAGAGCAUGCGGUGAAAUACGCAACCAACUGGGUCAAAGAGCAUGGGCCGAGACUCGUCAAGACUUCCGUCGGCCAGACUUACGUCGACACCAAGAUGUCCCGCUUGCUGGGUGUGCCGCCUUUGAUGGUUGCCGGCAUGACUCCCUGCACCGUCCCAUGGGAUUUUGUCGCCGCGACAAUGAACGCUGGCUACCACAUUGAACUAGCCGGUGGCGGCUACUACAACGCAAAGAGUAUGACCGAGGCGCUCAACAAGAUCGAAAAAGCCAUCCCUCCUGGACGAGGUAUUACGGUCAACUUGAUCUAUGUCAAUCCGCGUGCUAUGGGCUGGCAAAUUCCUCUUCUUGCUCAGCUCCGCGCUGAUGGUGUUCCCAUCGAAGGUUUGACGAUCGGUGCUGGUGUGCCGUCGAUCGAGGUUGCUCAAGAGUACAUCGACACUCUUGGAAUCAAGCAUAUUGCCUUCAAGCCUGGCUCCAUGGAUGCAAUUCAGCAAGUGAUCAACAUUGCCAAAGCAAAUCCGACAUUCCCUGUCAUUCUGCAAUGGACUGGUGGCCGUGGUGGUGGUCACCACUCUUUCGAGGAUUUCCAUCAGCCGAUCAUUCAGAUGUAUGGUCGUAUCCGAAAAUGCCAGAACAUCAUCCUCGUGGCAGGCAGUGGUUUCGGGGGGUCCCAAGAUACUUACCCUUAUCUGACCGGUACCUGGUCGCGCAAGUUCGGCUAUCCGCCUAUGCCGUUCGACGGUAUUCUCUUUGGCAGUCGAAUGAUGACGGCGAAAGAGGCCCAUACUUCUACCAACGCAAAAAAGGCCAUUGCUGAAGCUGAAGGCGUUGAUGACACUGAAUGGGAGAAGACAUACAAGGGAGCAGCAGGUGGUGUCAUCACCGUCCGAUCAGAGAUGGGGGAGCCGAUCCACAAGCUUGCGACCCGCGGCGUCAAAUUCUGGGCAGAAAUGGACCAGAAAAUCUUUAGCUUGGAGAAGAAGAAGCGAGUCGCAGAGCUUAAGAAGCAGCGCGAGUACAUCAUCAAGAAGCUCAACGACGACUUCCAGAAGGUUUGGUUCGGCAGGAAUUCUGCUGGUGAAACGGUAGACCUUGAAGACAUGACCUACGCUGAAGUGGUUCGGCGCAUGGUUGAGCUCAUGUACGUCAAGCACCAGUCUCGUUGGAUCGAGGUUACCCUUCGCAACCUCACUGUCGAUUUCAUCCGCCGAGUAGAGGAACGCUUCACCGUCGGCUCCGGGAAGCCUUCCAUGAUCCAGAGCUACGCAGAAUUCGAGAACCCUUUCCCAGUCAUGGAUAAGGUCCUGGCUGCCUACCCCGAGGCUGAAACCCAGUUGAUCAACGCGCAGGAUGUCCAGCAUUUCCUCCUGUUGUGCCAGCGGCGCGGUCAAAAGCCUGUGCCAUUCGUCCCCUCCUUGGACGAGAAUUUCGAGUUCUGGUUCAAGAAGGAUUCCCUUUGGCAAUCCGAGGAUCUGGAUGCUGUGGUCGAUCAAGAUGUUGGCAGAACCUGUAUCUUGCAGGGACCUAUGGCGGCGAAAUACUCAACCAAGGUUGAUGAACCAAUCAAAGACAUUUUGGACGGUGUUCAUCAUGAUCACAUUAGGGGUCUGAUUCAAGACUUCUAUGGUGGACGCGAAUCUGCUGUUCCAGUCAUCGAGUACUUUGGUGGCAAGAUCAUCACAUCCUCGGAGAGCGUAGUGGAGCUGGACGGCGUCACUGUUAUUCCCGACGGCUCUCGGACCACAUAUAGGCUCUCAGCAUCGCCAUCUGCCACACUUCCUGAUGUUGAUGCCUGGAUCCAGCUUCUUGCUGGCAAAAAUUACUCGUGGCGACAUGCCUUCUUCACAGCCGAUGUUUUCGUUCAAGGGGCUCGUUAUCAGAACAACCCCAUCAGGCGCAUCUUGGCCCCAACCCGAGGCAUGACUGUUGAGAUCGCUCACCCCAAAGACCCCUACAAGACAACAAUCGUCGUCAAGGAGCACAGUCAGUCCGGAAAGAUGGUCAAGACGCUCGACGUUAGCCUGUUGGGCAAGAACGAGAUCGUAAUGAAUAUGUGGGAAGAGCGAACUGCAGAGGGUGACGCUGUUGCCCUCCCGUUCCGAUUCAUCUACCACCCAGAAACUGGCUAUGCCCCAAUCCACGAAGUUAUGGAUGGCCGCAACGAUCGCAUCAAAGAAUUCUAUUAUCGGAUUUGGUUUGGUGAAAAGGAUGUGCCAUUUGAUACACCUACCACGAACGUCUUUGAUGGCGGCAGAGCGACCAUUGUCACCCAGGACGUUGCUGAUUUUGUCCAUGCCGUAGGCAACACCGGCGAAGCUUUCGUCGACCGUCCGGGCAAGGAAGUUUUCGCACCCAUGGACUUUGCAAUUGUCGUCGGCUGGAAGGCCAUUACCAAACCGAUCUUCCCUCGAGCGAUCGACGGUGACCUGCUCAAGCUUGUCCAUUUGUCGAAUGGCUUCCGCAUGCUUCCUGGCGCGGAGCCUCUGAAGGUUGGUGACGAGCUGCACACAUCUGCCCGGAUCAAUGCGGUGCUCAACCAAGACUCUGGAAAGAUGGUCGAGGUUUGCGGCACCAUCACUCGCCGAGGGCAGCCAGUGAUGGAAGUGACCAGCCAAUUCCUCUACAGAGGUACCUACACGGACUACGAAAACACCUUCCAACGCAAACAGGAGACGCCUAUGCAGGUCACUCUCGCUACUUCCAAGGACAUUGCCGUUCUCCGGUCUAAAGAAUGGUUCCACCUCGAUGAGCCGGACAUUGACUUGCUGGGACAAACUUUGACGUUCCGUCUGUCCAGCUUGGUCCGUUUCAAGAACACGACCGUCUUUUCGAGCGUCGAGACUGUUGGGCAGGUCGAACUUGAAUUACCUACCAAGGAAGUCAUCCAAGUUGCUUCAGUCGAGUAUGAAGCAGGCGUCUCGCAUGGGAACCCGGUGAUUGACUACCUCCAGAGGAACGGCCAGACCAUUGACCAGCCUGUCAACUUUGAGAACGCGAUCCCGCUAAGCGGCAAGACUCCUUUGACUCUGAGGGCUCCGGCUUCAAACGAGACCUAUGCUCGUGUAUCUGGCGACUACAAUCCCAUCCACGUGUCGCGUAUCUUUGCCAGCUACGCCAACCUUCCUGGCACCAUCACACACGGCAUGUAUUCCAGCGCUGCCGUUCGGAGCUUAGUUGAGACGUGGGCUGCAGAGAACCAUAUUGGUCGUGUCCGAAGCUACCAUGUCUCGUUGGUUGGUAUGGUACUGCCCAAUGACGACUUGGAAGUCAAACUCGAGCACGUCGGCAUGGUGGCUGGCCGGAAGAUCAUCAAGAUAGAGACGACCAAUAAAGAAACUGGCGACAAAGUUCUCCUCGCGGAAGCUGAGGUUGAGCAGCCUGUGUCAUCCUAUGUAUUUACUGGUCAAGGCUCGCAGGAGCAAGGCAUGGGCAUGGAUCUCUACGCCCGCAGUUCCGUGGCGAAGGAAGUGUGGGAUAGGGCUGAUCGGCACUUCAUGGACAACUAUGGUCUGUCCAUCAUUAACAUCGUCAAGAACAACCCCAAAGAACUCACCAUCCACUUUGGAGGGCCGCGUGGCAAAGCCAUCCGUCAGAACUACAUGGCAAUGACUUUCGAGUCUAUCAAUGCUGACGGCUCCGUCAAAUCGGAGAAAAUCUUCAAGGAGAUCAACGAAAACACCACGUCGUACACCUACCGCUCACCUACUGGUCUGCUCUCUGCCACUCAAUUCACCCAGCCAGCCCUAACGCUGAUGGAGAAGGCCGCUUUCGAAGACAUGCGCUCCAAGGGUCUCGUCCAGCGCGACAGCAGCUUUGCGGGUCACUCUCUGGGAGAGUACUCUGCUCUCGCUUCCAUCGCAGAGGUUAUGCCUAUUGAGAGCUUGGUGUCAGUCGUGUUUUACCGCGGGUUGACCAUGCAGGUUGCCGUGGAACGUGAUGAGCAAGGACGCAGCAACUACUCCAUGUGCGCUGUGAACCCUAGCCGCAUCUCCAAGACAUUCAACGAACAGGCUCUGCAAUAUGUCGUGGAGAACAUUGCUGAAACCACCGGUUGGUUGGUGGAGAUUGUCAACUACAACGUUGCUAACAUGCAAUACGUGUGCGCUGGUGAUCUCCGCGCUCUCGACUGCUUGACCAAUGUGCUCAACGUUCUCAAGAUGCAAAAGAUUGACAUCCAGGCCUUGAUGCAUCAGAUGUCUUUGGACGACGUGAAGGCUCACCUGGUCGAGAUCAUUGGCGAAUGCCGCAAGAGGACUGAAGCCAAGCCACAACCGAUCGAGCUGGAACGAGGGUUUGCCGUCAUUCCACUCAAGGGCAUUGAUGUUCCCUUCCACAGUACCUUCUUGCGAUCCGGAGUCAAGCCAUUCCGUUCUUUCUUGCUGAAAAAGAUCAACAAGACGAGCAUCGACCCGGCGAAAUUAAUUGGGAAGUACAUUCCCAAUGUGACUGCAAGACCAUUUGAAAUUUCCAAGGAAUAUUUCGAGGAGGUCUACCGAUUGACCAACUCACCUCGGCUGGCGAAGAUCUUGGAGGACUGGGAGUCGUAUGAGAAUGCUGGAGAUGCAGGUGUCAGACGGCUCUCGUCAACGGUAGCAUAA